CCCGUAAACUCAUGGUAUCAUGUUCCCAACCCUUUACUCUCAUUUUCUUCUCUGAAAAAAAAAAAAAUAACGCUUCACACUUUGCAUUUUUUAUUCACUUUUAUUCAUACCUUUCCCUCACGAUUAGGUCCCAUUUUUUUCUAUUUUAGAUGUUUUAUCAUUCUUUCUGAAUGAAUUUUCUUGAGAUAAGCUAUAAAUUUUUUGGGAAAAUACAGGGAGAAUUAAGUAGAAGUUGAUUGAGGAUGAUCCCAUCCCUUCUUUCUGAAUGAUUUUUCUUGAGAUAAGCUAUAAAUUUUUUGGGAAAAUACAGUGAGAAUUAAGUAGAAGUUGAUUGAGGAUGAUCCCAUGGGGUGGAUUGAGUUGCUGUCUCAGUGCAGCUGCGCUCUAUCUUCUUGGAAGGAACAGUGGAAGGGAUGCAGAUGUUCUCAAAUCAGUAACUAGGGUUAACCAGUUGAAGGAUUUGUCACUACUUCUUGACACUGCAUGUAAAGUUUUACCACUGGUUGUUACUGUUUCGGGGCGAGUAGGGUCAGAUACCCCAAUUCACUGUGAGCAUAGUGGUCUAAGAGGGGUAAUUUUAGAGGAAACGGCAGAACAACACUUUCUAAAGCACAAUGACACUGGAUCUUGGAUACAAGACUCUGCCUUGAUGCUUUCUAUGAGUAAAGAGGUUCCUUGGUAUUUGGAUGAUGGGACUGGUCGUGUCGUUGUCAUUGGUGCUCGAGGCGCAACAGGGUUGGUAUUAUCUGUUGCCAGUGAAGUUUUUGAGGAAUCAGGGCGUUCUUUAGUGCGUGGAACAUUGGAUUAUUUGCAAGGCCUCAAGAUGCUUGGAGUAAAGAGGAUCGAAAGAGUUCUUCCCACAGGCACAUCGUUGAUGGUUGUUGGGGAGGCUGUUAAGGAUGACAUUGGAACAAUUAGGAUACAACGACCCCAUAAAGGACCAUUCUAUGUGACACCGAAGAAUAUCGAUGACCUUAUUGCCAAUCUUGGUCAAUGGUCAAGGUGGUACCGGUUUGCUUCCUUGGGGUUCACAGUAUUUGGUGCUUUUCUGAUGGCAAAGCAUGUGGUUAGUUAUCUCCUUGAAAGAAGGCGUCGCAAGGCUCUGCAAAGAAGGGACUUAAAACAAGUUUUGGGGCACCGCAUUAUUCAAAGGGUUCUUGCAGCAGCUCAGCGAUCAGAGCUAGAUAACCAGGCAGGGGCUAAUGGGAAAGCUGAAGAUGGCCUAGAACCCAACAUGAAAAGGGAAUGCAUGAUGCCUGAUCUUUGUGUGAUAUGCCUGGAGCAACAAUAUAAUGCUGUUUUUGUGCCGUGUGGUCAUAUGUGCUGUUGCACAUCAUGCUCGUCGCACUUGACAAGCUGCCCACUUUGCCGGCGAAGGAUAGAACAGGUUGUGAAGACCUUUCGACAUUGAUACCCCACACAUCAGGCACUGUAUGUAGUUUUUGCCGGCGAAGGAUAGAACAGGUUGUGAAGACCUUUCGACAUUGAUACCCCACACAUCAGGCACUGUAUGUGUAUACAAUGAAGACCGUUACCUUUCAUACACAAAGGCCCCACAAAUCCGAGUUCAUUAGAUGAAAAUUAGAUGGCUGGGUUUAUCGUUUUCCUGUACAUAGGUUGAGAAAAAAUUUCGUAAGUUUUGAGCGUGAACAAGUGUUCAUCCAACCGCUCAAUUUCACAUCUGAAGGUCAGGGAUGGUUGUUGACCAUAUUGCAUCAAAGGUAAACAGUUUUAUUGUAUCCCAUAUAUUUUUAGGUGCUUGUAUUUGAAAGUGCCCCCCAAAACCAACUAUUGGUAUUGUUCAUAAAGUUCAUUCUUUUGGAGCUUACUGGGUGGGUGAUCAAGGAGGCACUUUAAUUCAUAUCUCCCCCUAGUGUUCACUCUCUGUUUGUGUUUUGAGGAUACUGCAUGUAAGUGCUUGCUUAUUUAAGUAGAAUAGAAAUUGUUAAA